AAAAGAGUCCCUGCCGCAACCCUUGGCACGGCCGGGGGCCCCAGAUUUUUCCCGAUGCGAUCGCCGAAGAAAACCGAUUCCAGCUCUGACCAUCUCUAACCUCGACGACAACCCUUGGUCACGACUCCGUCGCUUACCCGAUCGACCAGACGCACCUCGAGCCUGACCAAUCUCCCUCAGCAGCGACUACUCAAACGCCCACGAAGUGGCCCGUGGAAGCCAGCAGAAGAGGAGGCGCAAGCCAGUCUGCAGCCACCACUGUGCCUGAACCGAAGCCCCGGCCCCCGUCUUUACAUUUGCACGAGCAAGCUCUCGAUCUCGGCCGUCACAUCGGGCCAACCGACAACCAACCAACGAAACCAACACCGCACAUCGCACGCCACCGAACGGGGGAGUCACCGCCUAGCCAGCCAUGGCCGCCUCCAUCCCAAGAUGGAAAGGCAUGGUCUACGCAGGCGCGUUCGGAGCCGUGACCAUCGUGGGCACGAUAUACGGGGCCGGGCUGAAGACGCAACGGGAGCUCAAGAUCGAGAAGGAGAGGAUAAUCGAGUCGACGGCCGAGGAAAAGAUCGCCAUGCUCGAGUCCCGGCGGCGGACGCUGGUCACGCAGAAGACGGAGCUGGAGAAGAAGCUUGCUACGCUGCACGCGAGGAUGGGGGAGAAGCAGGACGGCGGCGGUGGUGGCGGCGGUAAUGGGAGGUAGGGUACCUGGGCAGCGGACGAGAUGAUGGAAGUAGUCAAGGAUUAUAUAUACGGGUUGUGUGGGGGUAGUCAGUCGCUCUUCGGUCGCGGGAUGGCUCGCCAGGCUCUAUUUUGCGAGGGAAGCAAUGAGCCUGGACGACUUUACGCCGUCGCGACAGUGAGGGUAACAACGGCUGUACCCUCGAGUCGCUGCUCUCCGCUUUACGAUGCAGGCCUCACAAAGAGGCCAAAGACGACCCUAGCAUAAGACCAAGGAGUUCGCAAACUACCCACCCAGGGUCGGAGAGGGGCCUUGGAUAAUCUAGGUGAAGACGCCGUAGCCCGGCAGGUGUCAUAAGACGAAUUACCCUACUCUAAUCUGUUUAUUUUCCCCAUGAGACCUAUUGCGACCAUCACCCCUAACCCCUAACCACAAAACCGAACUUG